CCCCCCUAUGUUUUAUCUCACUCAGGGGUGAACCUUAACUCUCGAUAACAGGCUGAAAACGAUCUCAGCAAACCCUCUCGGAGCGCAUGGAGGGGUAAGGUUGAGCGCCGUUGCUGUUGUUGUGGAUAUUCCUCGCUUUGAGAUCCCGUUCGUUUCCAGGGUGACUGGCUGGCACAAUCAAAGCCCCACCAAUUUCUCUUUUACGCAUGUUAACUCAAAGAGGGCGGAGGCCUGGGAUCACAGACGUGUGAAACGCGAUCGUGUUCCCUCCCUGUGACUCAGCUCGACCAGAUAUUUCAGUUCCAUGGAUACAGGUGAACGUUGGCAUGCGUCAAGCCCAUCCGCAGCGGGACUGGAACUCUAAAACUCUGCAGAGCCACUGAGCCAGAUCCUGAAGAUUAAAUUCAUGUUUGGCACACUACCUGUCCGUCUGAAUCACCACCUUAUACCAGGUUACGGAAUUAACAUUCCUCAAAUGCACUUAUAGCGCACCGCGUUGACUUGUUUCGCAGCUUUGCAAUUACUGCCAAGAAGAGCGCAGAAUGGAAGGAGACGGCGGCCUGGACGUUAGCUGUCUGAACAAGUACUGCAACAGCUCCUCGUCCUCCUCAUCCAGUUCGGAGCAAGACAGAAAGAUUUUUAUGAAACUGAAGCUCAACUUGUCCGGGGAUUAUCCGAGAAAGAACGCAGAGUUUCUCAGCGGGCAGUAUGGGAUCAAUUUGUUUCUGAUCGGGGUGGCUGUGAUGCUGGCCGUUGCGGGUGAUAAGCCCUCUGUGGAGGAGUCACACCUGCUGGCCUUCGUCACCUGCCUGAUGGUUCUCCAGCUGAUCUGGAUGAUGUGGUACAUCCUGCUCCGAGAAAGGCGCAAGAACACCCGAACUGAGAGGGAUGUCAACGCUACCACUUCUUGGAUAAGAGGUGCUUUGACUGUUCUCGCAGUCCUCUCACUUGUCAUGGACUCCUUCAGAAUCGGGUAUUUUGUGGGCUUCUCGUCUUGUUUGUCGGCUGCUUACGCGAUAUAUCCUGUCGUCCACGCAACCCACACCAUAGCACAGGUACAUUUUCUCUGGUUUCACAUCAAGGAUGUUGUUAAAAGUUUGGAAACAUUUGAAAGAUUUGGCGUAAUCCAUGCAGUUUUUACUAACGUCCUGUUGUGGUGCAACGGGGUGAUGUCUGAGGCAGAGCACUUCAUGAAAAACCACGUCAGACGACUUUCCUCCCUGGAUUCUGAAAAUAUCACCAUAGUGUCCUCAGAGCCGGAGUGUAACAGCAGCACAACCUCAAGCACAAGCUCCCUCUUCUCCAGGGGCCUCGUCUAUCUCUUCCCCUUCAACAUUGAGUACCACAUCUUUGUCUCCGUUUUGCUUUUCGUCAUGUGGAAGAACAUCGGACGCACUAUUUCUUCAAACAAGAAAAGUUUGGUUACGAAAACCCAGGGCUUGACCUUAGGACCCAUUUUGGGUCUUCUUACAGUGGCCAGCACAAUUGCAGUGUUGGUGGUCUACAUUACCCGAAUAGAAGGGGUCCUUGAGAUGCGCCAGUCAGCUGUUUCUAUGUUCUACAUUUAUGGGAUUGUCAUGUUGGCAGUUAUGUGUUUUUCUUGUGCUUCAGGUCUGCUCAUAUACCGAGCAGACCACAUGCCUCUGGACACCUCCAAAAACACUUCCAGACAGCUGGACACGGAGCUGCUCUUUGGAUCCUCUUUAGGCUCCUGGUUCCUGUCCUGGUGCAGCGUUGUAGCUGUGUUAUGCACUGACAGCAAGGUUUCUUAUCGCUGGACCAACUUAGUCUACUCCAUAUUCAUUGUGUUGGAAAAGUAUCUCCAGAACCUCUUUAUUAUUGAGUCUCUUUAUCGCAAGCAAGAGCGAGUUGAGAGGUCUGACCCAGAGCUGCCGGCUGUGUCGGAAAUUUUCUCAGUGACUUCCUCCAUGGCUCCACCGUUCAGCGGUAUCAUCAAUCGAGCUUACGAGACUCCAGACAAGACCCCGGAGAUGGAGCAGGAGGAGAGUAGAGAGAUGUACAGAUGUGAAGAGCAGCCAGAGGAGCCACUGAACAUGAAGAGGCUGAUUCUGAAGAACAUUGCUGUUUUUCUGAUAAUGUGCAACAUUUCGCUGUGGCUCCUCCCUGCAUUUGGCUGCAGACCACAGUACGACAAUGGGUUGGAGCAGGACAUUUAUGGCUUCUCUGCGUGGACCACGGUUCUCAAUUUUGCUAUUCCUUUGAACCUUUUCUACCGCAUGCACUCCGUUGCCUCCCUCUUUGAGGUGUUCCGCCGAGUUUGACGGAACCGACGGACACGGGUCACGCACAUGGGAACACCUUAGCAGCUCUGGAGGCGUCUCACAGCACAGGUCGGCCCAGUCUGUGACAGACUUUUUGCAGCGGGCAACACAGACAAACACAAUGCUCCUUGCUGUAGAGACACCAUGAAAAAGAUGAACCUUUUACCCUGCAUUCCUUGAAGCGGUCAUGUGUAACAAAGCUUCCAAAAAGGAUUCAUCCGUGAUGCGCAUGUUUUUCUGUUUCAUAGUAGAGACAAUAUAUUGAAACAGACUUUAACGAAUCUGAUUAUACAGCAAAGCCACUAAAACUGAUCAGUAAUCAUGUCACAUGUUUGCAUUUUUAAAACCACCUGUGCUGUGGCAGCAGAAACCAUAGGAACACUGUUGUAACACUCCAUUUUAUAAACGUAAAUAUGCAUACCAUCUAUAGAUAAAGUUCUCAUCUCGUAGAAUGGGAGUUCAGUUAGAUAAUGGGGACAGUAAAACACUUGACAUUCAAGCUGAUUACAAUGCUAUAACUUUGAUAUCUUAGUUGGAAUUUAGUUCUCAGACCCAGUUAAUUUCUUUCUUAGCCACCACAGAUUCAUCAGUGGCUAUAUAAAUGUUGGUCUUCUUCUUUUCAUAGCUAACUGAAAGUUAUAUUCAGUGAUUUAUCUGAACAAGGUUCUUUUCUUGAGUCACGGACCGUUUAUGUUGCUUAACAUGUCAAAACAGACACAACCAGUGAUCUAUGUGAAAGCACACACUUCUAUCAUAACAGCUCACUGCAGUUUUUUUUUGUUUGUUUUUCUGAGGACAAGUUUGCACUACAUAGUUUUAAGAUCAAAUCUACAGACUUUUUAUCCGUUGUCCAGCAAGUUCUCAGCCGCGUGGCAUCUUCUCUGGGUUUUCUAUGUGCCAAGUUGAAGGAAACAAAAAAUCCUUUUAAUUUUUCCCUCUUGUAUUGUUUUUCUAUCUCUUUAUAUAUAACUAUCCCAAUCAUAACUAUUGUAAUGAUUGAAUAAAUAUUCAGAUAAAUAUUUUGCUGAUGCAACCUUGUAUGCAUUCGACAUGGAUGCGGAUUAUUGUACCUAUUGAAAUAAAAAUUAGAUGAGUUUUUUAAAACUCUCGACCAGU